UAGAAAGAAAACUCCAUGACACCUAAGGCUUGAAGUUGGCCAAGAAACCUUGUACUGAAACGUAGAAUUUAAGUAAGAAUUAUAUGACAGCCGAUGUUUCCUUGACAUCUGAUAUUUCUCUUAUAUUCUAAUUUGAGGGCAGGAUUGAUAACUGUUUCGUAGCUUUGCCAAUUGCCACGUAUGAUUAUGGUUGCUUCACCCUUCCUACUACCUCCCAAUAGGAGAAGGGACUUAUUCCUUCAAAGCAUUUUCUUCACCAUUCAUCAACUCCUCCUUCCAGCUUUUUAAUUCACAGCCAUGGAGGACCUGAACAUGCUCGCCGCAGACUGUGUUGUCGUGUCGUGUUGCUGCCAAUGCUUGAUCCUACAGAUUGUCAUCUUCGUCUUGCUCAAGCUUCCUUCCAAACUGAUUCGUAAGACGAGAGAAUAUGCUAGGAAGAAGCUGCGACAAAGAAAGGAGGUGGUGGGUGGGAGGAUAACAGGAGGAAGGGAAAUGGGAAAAUACAAAGAUGGUUUUUUUGUAGGGUCUCUUGGCAUUCAAGUUGAGAGGUUGGGCAUGGAUGGAGGCCACCACCAUGGUUGCAUGGAAGAAGUUGAGAAGGUGUUAGAGGAGCUGUCUCAGAAGGGGGAGUUUGCAUUUGGAAGCUUCUGGGGUAGGAAAGGAUCAGGGAGCUUCACAAGUUGUGAAUUUGAUGAUAUUAAUGUAGAAUAUCAAAUAAUUGAAAUGAUUGGCUCUUUCUCUUAUACAUAG